AAGACGUGUCUUCUCAUCUCCUUCACGACGGAUUCGUUCCCCGGCGAGUACGUGCCCACAGUGUUCGACAACUACUCGUCGCUGGUCACGUGCGACGGCCAGGCGGUGUCGCUGGGGUUGUGGGACACGGCGGGACAGGAGGACUACGACCGCCUGCGCCCGCUCUCCUACCCGCAGACGGACGUGUUUUUGGUCUGCUUUUCGGUCGUCUCUCCGUCUUCGGUAAGAAGCGUUGGAAGCGAUGAUAGAGUUGACAAUAAUUUGGAGAACGUGACGGUGAAGUGGGUGCCGGAGAUCCGCCACCACUGCGCGGACGUCCCGAUAGUGUUGAUCGGCACGAAGAGCGACUUGAGGGAAGACCGCGAGACCAUCGCCUCGUUGGCCAGCUGUGGCCAAUCGGUGGUGCGGAGGGAACAGGCGCUGAAGACGGCGCACAAGAUCAAGGCCGUGAAGUACAUGGAGUGCUCGGCGCUGACGCAGCGCGGCCUCAAACACGUGUUCGAGGAGGCC